AAGAGCUCCAGAAGAUACGCGGAACAGGAGAAGGUGAAGUGUGGGGACAGCAGGAGCUGCAGGCCACCCAGAAGGAGGAGGAGAGGGGACAAGAAACACUGAGCAGGCCUUCAAGAUGAGGAGUGAGCAGAGAGGACGGCAGAACAUGGGAAAACCUACCUGGCACUAUGAGGGUGGAGAGGGGAGUGUUGGAGGGUGUGCAUUUGAGUGCAAGUGUGUAAAAGAGGCCCUGGACAAGGAAUGAAGAAUCUCAUCAGAUGGUUAAAGUGAGGGAGCACCAAGUAAACCAUGAUGAGCCGUAAGUAACCAUAAGUCAUGUGGACCCCAACCCUAAUGCUAAUCAUAAACCUAAACCUCGUGUGGCCAGGAACCCUAACCUGAACCCAAAUCCUAACCAUAACCCUAACCAUAACCAUAAAUCAUGUGGACUCCAACCCUAAUGCCAAACAUAACCCUAAAAUUCAGGCAGACCCGAACCUAACUCGAACCCAAACCCUAACGAAAACUCUAACCCUAACCCUAACUCAAUUCAAACCUUAACCCUAACCCUAACCAUAACACUAACUCCACCCUAUUCCGAACCCUAAACCUAAUUAACAAUGCCUCAUAUGGACCCGAACCCUAACCCUAACCGAAACCCUAACCCUAACCCUAACCCUAACCCUAACUCAACCCAAACCUUAACCCUAACCAUAACACUAACUCCAACUACAACCAUAGCCCUAACCAAACUCUAACCCUAACCCUAACUCAACCCAAACCUUAACCCUAACCAUAACACCAACUACAACCCUAACCCUAUCCCGAGCCCUAAACCUAAUAAUGCCUCAUGUGGGCCCUAACGCUAACCCUAACCAUGCCUCAUAUGGACUCGAACCCUAACCCUAAUUCCAACCCUAACCCUAAGCCUAACCCUAACUCUAACCCUAGCCAAAACCCUAACGCUAACCCUAACUCCAACCCAAACCCUAACCCUAAGUCUCAUGUUGACCAUAACCUGGCUCAAACCCUAACCUGAACCCUAACCCUAAGCCUUGUGUUGACCACAGCCUGGCUCUAACCCUAACCCUGACUCUAGUCCUCACUGUAAUUCUACCUCUAGCCUUAAUUCUAACCCUAACUCCAAUCCUAACCCUAAUCCAAAUGCACCCUCUGAUCCAAACAACUCUUCAGCCAAUGUCAGACCUCACCUUAACCCUCACCUUCACCAUCACCAUUCCAGUUCUCCUCCCUUCAGACUUCCCAGGGACUUGAGCCAGCCCCUGGCCCCCAGGCCUUGGUUUCCCCGCCUGUGCAGCGUGGAUUUGGGGCUGAGGGUACAAAGACUGGCACCCACCUGAGCCGAUGGAACAGGCCUGCCCCUGGUCCUGAGGAGGCCUCUGCUCUCCCAGUUCUCCCCUUGCCCAUGUGGAAGGGGGCUUAUCCCCCAGCAUGGGUGCUUCCUGGCCGGUGUCCGUCUCUGUGUGAGUUCCUGUAGGGAGGGACUGGGUAGGCGCAGUUGGCAUGGCACUGCCAUGCCCCUGGCUCGGGCUUAUGCGGGCUGACAGUCCUGUCCCUCCACCCAGAGGCCCCUCCAAUGAUGUAGCUUAUCAGAGUGUGUGUGUAUGUGCACAUGUGCAUGUGUGUAUGUUGUAUGUGUAUAUAUCUAUGUAUGUAUAUGUAUCUAUAUAUAUGUGUAUGUGUAUAUAUGUGUGCAUAUAUAUGCAUUUGUGUGUGCUUGUGUGUAUGCAUGUUUAUGUGUGUAUUUGUAUAUGUAUCUAUGUGUGUUUAUAUGCGAGUGUGCAUGUGUGUAUGCAGUGCUUGUGUGAUGUGUCUGUUUUUAUGUGUGUGCAUGUAUGUUUACAUGUGUCUGUGUAUGUAUAUGCCUGUGCUUGUGUGCGUGUGUGUACACAUACACGUGGACAGGCGAGGGAGAAGCUGUAUUGCACCACCACCCAGGCCCUUCGAGCCCAAGUGCAGUCUCCCCAGGGCUCACGAGGCCCCAGCACACUGCCCUCCUGCCCAGAUGGUGCCCAAAAGCCCCUUGCCGAGUCCUCUCUAAGCCUCAUGUAGGCCUGUGAGUCCCUUCUCCGUCUGUUUCCCCUGCCUGUGAUGCUUAGGGAUCGUUCAUUUCAGGGCCAGUGAGGAAACCCCAUCUUCUCCUGCACUGCCGUGGAGUUAAAGGAGAAGGCCACAACACACUCCCACGUUUUCUACAGACUAGCAGUGGGGUGUUUGGCCACCUUUGGUUUUGACCUUUUAUUUUGGAAAUGUUCAAACAGACUGAAAUAAGCAGAAGUGUAAUAACCCCUUGUGCCCAUCACCCCACCUUUGGCAAGAGCCAAAGAGUCACAACUGAUGUUGCUUCACCACACUCCAUCUGUGGGCUCAAAAUGUUUUGAGAUAAGUGCCAAACAUCAUAUCCUUCUAUCUACAAAAAAUGCCACAUGAAUAAAAGAUAAGGACUUUUAAAAACACAUGACCACAGUAAGCAUUAUCACAUCUAGCCAAGAAAUGAACCUUUCCUUAAUUGCAACAAACAGGAGUUAACUUUUACAUUUUCUCUACUUCUACAAUUUUUUAGAGAACAGUAAGGUAGACUUUAUUCAACGGAGGCUACCACAAUGGAGUUUUGCAGCAGGGAAGGGAGAUGAGGCUCAAUUCCCACCUUAUACGUUUUUAAAAAGAGCUUAUUUGCUUGAAUUGGAUCUGAGGAGUCUGGCUGCAGGCCAAAAUCCUCUGUGUGAUCAUUCGGGCCCAACCGCAGAUGUUGCCAGCAGGCCCCACAGAAGAAGCAGCCCUCCUGCCCCAGACAGCACUUUCCACUCUUAGCCUCCUCCACAGUUCCCCAGGCCAGAUCCUUUUGUUUGAGCCUUCUGUUUCGCCUCCUUGGUAGUGAGAUCAUCUCCCCAUCUGCCUGAUGUCAUCCAGGGAGCAAAAAUGGGACGUAGAGGAGCUGGCACCUUUUUCCUUCUGUUUGCCUCUUGCCUGCACUAUUGCAGUCGUGAAUACAGGCCUGAGGGUGACCGUCCAUUGGGCUCGUGGUCCCAACCUCGACAGCAGUGGCUCCACAGGGUGCACACGAGGUCCCCGCGGUCCCGGCCGACAUACCUGUUGGGUUCUUAGUUGGCAGCUUCCUCCUCUGUCUCUCUAUUCCCCUCCUAGGUCUCUUGCCCUGUGCAGCUUCCUGCAGACUGGACUUGCAAAGUCCAGCCUGUAUGGCUGGAGUUCCCAUGCCUGCCAAUCUCCUGUCGACUGCGAGUCAGCUCCGAUACUUCACCAGAUUCAGCCACCUGGGGGAGCUGGAAGUGAAUCUCGUCUUAGCUGAGCCUUCUGAUGAGACUGCAGCCCCGGCUGACACCUGGAUUGCAGACUCAUGAAAGACCCUGAGUAGAGGACCCAGUUUGGCAGAGCCCGAAUUCCUGACCCACAGGAACUGGGAGAUAAAACUCUGUGGUUUUAAUCUUCUCAUUUUAGAGGCUAUAUGGAUAUACAUCCAAAUGACUGGAUUUUAAAAUCACUUGGAAGAGUUUGGUGCCCAGUGUCCUGUGGUGUGAACACGCUUCAUUCAACCUGGGCCCUUGGGAGAGAUGCUGAGUGGUUCCCGGGCUGUCCGCACUCCACACCGUGGCAGUGAAGAGCUGCUGAAGUACAUGCUUCAUAGUCCUUGCGUCUCUCUGACCAUGAAUGGCACCUACAAUACCUGUGGCUCCAGUGACCUCACCUGGCCCCCAACGAUCAAGCUCGGCUUCUACGCCUACUUGGGCGUCCUGCUGGUGCUGGGCCUGCUCCUCAACAGCCUGGCGCUCUGGGUGUUCUGCUGCCGCAUGCAGCAGUGGACGGAGACCCGCAUCUACAUGACCAACCUGGCGGUGGCCGACCUCUGCCUGCUGUGCACCUUGCCCUUCGUGCUGCACUCCCUGCGAGACACCUCAGACACGCCGCUGUGCCAGCUCUCCCAGGGCAUCUACCUGACCAACAGGUACAUGAGCAUCAGCCUGGUCACGGCCAUCGCCGUGGACCGCUAUGUGGCCGUGCGGCACCCGCUGCGUGCCCGUGGGCUGCGGUCCCCCAGGCAGGCUGCGGCCGUGUGCGCGGUCCUCUGGGUGCUGGUCAUCGGCUCCCUGGUGGCUCGCUGGUUCCUGGGGAUGCAGGAGGGCGGCUUCUGCUUCAGGAGCACCCGGCACAAUUUCAACUCCAUGGCCUUCCCACUGCUGGGAUUCUACCUGCCCCUGGCCGUGGUGGUCUUCUGCUCCCUGAAGGUGGUGACUGCCCUGGCCCAGAGGCCACCCACCGACGUGGGGCAGGCAGAGGCCACCCGCAAGGCUGCCCGCAUGGUCUGGGCCAACCUCGUGGUGUUCGUGGUCUGCUUCCUGCCCCUGCACGUGGGGCUGACAGUGCGCCUCGCUGUGGGCUGGAACGCCUGUGCCCUCCUGGAGACGGUCCGUCGUGCCCUGUACAUAACCAGCAAGCUCUCAGAUGCCAACUGCUGCCUGGACGCCAUCUGCUACUACUACAUGGCCAAGGAGUUCCAGGAGGCGUCUGCACUGGCCGUGGCUCCCAGUGCUAAGGCCCACAAAAGCCAGGACUCUCUGUGUGUGACCCUCGCCUAGGAGGCAUGCCGUGGGCACUGUGGGCCAGGUGUCGGGGGCUCCGGGAGGUGCUGCCUGCCAGGGGAAGCUGGAACCAGUAGCAAGGAGCCCGAGAUCAGCCCUGAACUCACCGUGUAUUCUCUUGGAGCCUUGGGUGGGCAGGGACGGCCCAGGUACCUGCUCUCUUGGGAAGAGAGAGGGACAGGGACAAGGGCAAGAGGACUGAGGCCAGAGCAAGGCCAAUGUCAGAGACCCCCGGGAUGGGGCCUCACACUUGCCACCCCCAGAACCAGCUCACCUGGCCAGAGUGGGUUCCUGUUGGCCAGGGUGCAGCCUUGAUGACACCUGCCGCUGCCCCUCGGGGCUGGAAUAAAACUCCCCACCCAGAGUCAGUCCUAGUGGGGCCCUCUGUGUUUCCCACUCAUGUGGUGGGAGGCAGGGAGGGAGCGCGUGGCUCGGAGGGCUGGUGGACAUCUUCCAGGGACCCUUCGGGGCUCUUCACUUUGAGGUCCCCCUUGGACCCUUUCACCCCUUCCCACCCCCACCCACCUGGAGCGUGAGCAGGGGCUGUUGGAAGCUCCUGGCAGGACCACAGUAGAGGCCCCCAGCCCAGGUUUCCUUGCUCAAGACAGGGCUGGGAGCAGCUGAUCUCCAUGUAGGGGCUGCACAGCGGUGCAAGGGGGGGUGACCAAGGUCAAGCAGGUGAGGGUGGGUUGGGGUGGGUGGCAGUGAAGGGGGUGGCCAGGGUCUGUCAAGGAACCCAGACCUCUUCUCCUUCCUUCAGGGAAAGGCUGGAAACCAUGUCUGGCAGGGGCAGGGGUUGGGUGCCCACCCAGGUAAAGGCGCGAUGUCCUGCUGGUUUCUGCCUCUCCUGUACUCCUGCAUGGAGGGCAUCUCGAAACCCAAGCUGGAAGGACAGGGCACUCCAGAGACCUCCUGUGAGUGUGGGCCAGCACGGCCCGGGCUCAAACCCCAUCCUGUCAUCCCAUAUUGCAUGUCCACUGGCACCGCCCCACCCUGUUCCAUGUUCCACAGGACUGGAGAGAGAUGGCAGUCAUGUUCUGGCAGGGACAUGGCACAAGCAUGCGGCUGAUGGCAUCUCACAGGACCCCAGGCUCCAGAGGGCCCAUGCCCAGGAGAGCCCCAUAAGGGCUCUGUGCCUAAAAGGGUGCAUGCCCAGGUGGGCCCAUGCCCAGGAAGGUCCAUGUCUAGGGGGGUUCCGUGCCCAGGAAGGUCCAUGCCUAGGAUGUUCCAUGAGCAGGAGGGCCUCAUUCCCAGGAGGGUCCCGUGCCCAGGAGGGCUCUAUGCCCAAAAGGGUCCUAUGUCCGGGAGGGUCCAUACGCAAGGGUGUCCAUGCCUGGUUGGGGGGGUCUAUGUCCAGGAGGGUCCCAUGCCUGGAAGGGUCCAUGCUCAGGAGGGUUCAUGCCCAGGAGAGUUUAUGCCCUGGAGGGCCCCAUGCCCGGGAGAGUCACGUGCACAGAGGGCCCUGUGCUCAGGAGGAUACACGUCCAGAAGUGUCCCUGUCCAGGAGGCUCCAUGCCCAGGAGGCUCCAUGUCAGGAAAGAUUCAUGCCUAGGAGGGUUCAUGCCCAGGAGUGUCCCUGCCUAGGAAGGUCCAUUACCAGAAGGGCCCAUGUCAAGGAGGGUUCAUGCCCAGGAAGGUCCAGCCCAGGAAGGUCCAUGUCAAGGAGGUUCCAUGCCCAGGAGGGUCCAUGCUGAGGUGGGUCCAUGCCCAGGAGGGUUCAUGUCCAGAAAGGUCCAUGCCUAGGAGGGCCCAUACACAACAGAGCCCUGUGCCCAGGAAGGACCAUGUCAAGGAGAACCCCAUGCCCAUGAGGGUCCAUGCCCAGUAAGGGCCAUGCCCAUGAGAUCCUCAUGCCCAGGAAGGCCCAUGCCCAGGAGGGUCCAUGCCCAGGCCAGUUCAUGCACAGGAGGGCCCCAUGCCUAAAAGUGUCCAUGCCCAGGAAGGUCUAUGUCCAGAAGAGUCCAUACCCAGGAAGGCUGAUAUGGUUAGGCUUUGUGUCUCCACCCAAAUCUCAUCUUGAAUUGUAAUCCCUAUAAUAACCAUAGUCCCCAUGUGUCAAGGGAGAGACCAGGUGGAGGCAAUUGGAUCAUGGGGGCUGUUUCCCACAUGCUGUUCUCAUGAUAGUGAGUGAGUUCUCAUGAGAUCUGAUGGUUUUAUAAGGGGCUCUUCCCUUCACUUCUCCUUCCUACUGUCUUAUGAAGAAGGUUCCUUGCUUCCCCUUCACCUUCUGCCAUGAUUGUAAGUUUCCUGAGGCCUCCCUAGCCAUGCUGAAGUGUGAGUCAAUUAAACCUCUUUCCUUUAAAAUUA